AUGGAACGCACAUAUCAAUAUGCAUGGAUUAUACCUUUCGUUCCGCUUCUAGUUACUAUGUUAAUAGGAUUGGAACUCCUGCUUAAUCCGACAGCAACAAAAAAUAUUCGUCGUAUAUGGGCUUUUCCCGCUGUUUUAUUGUUAAGUAUAGUUAUGGUCUUUUCCACUAAGCUGGCGAUCCAGCAAAUCAAUGGUAGCUCAAUUUAUGAAUAUCUAUGGUCUUGGAGCAUCACUAGUGAUUUUUCCUUAGAAUUCGGCUACUUGAUUGAUCCACUUACUUCUAUUAUGUCGAUAUUAAUCACUACUGUUGGAAUCCUGGUUCUUAUCUAUAGUGAUAAUUAUAUGUCUCAUGACCGAGGAUAUUUGAGAUUUUUUGCUUAUAUGAGUUUUUUCAAUACAGCGAUGCUGGGAUUAGUUACUAGUCCCAAUUUGAUACAAAUCCAUAUUUUUUGGGAACUAGUGGGAAUGUGUUCCUAUCUGUUAAUAGGUUUUUGGUUUACCCGACCAAUUGCAGCAAAUGCCUGUCAAAAAGCGUUUGUGACCAAUCGUGUGGGGGAUUUUGGUUUAUUAUUAGGAAUCCUAGGUUUUUAUUUAAUAACAGGUAGUUUCGAAUUUCAGGAUUUAUUCGAAAUAUUCAAUGAUUCGAUCAUUAAUAACAAUGAGAUGAAUUCCUCAUUUGCUACGCUUUGUGCCUUCUUAUUAUUCCUCGGUGCAGUUGCUAAAUCUGCGCAAUUCCCACUUCAUGUAUGGUUACCUGAUGCUAUGGAGGGACCCACUCCUAUUUCGGCUCUGAUACAUGCGGCUACUAUGGUAGCCGCAGGAAUUUUUCUUGUAGCUCGGCUUCUUCCUCUUUUCAUAGCCAUACCUUACAUAAUGAAUAUCAUAUCUUUGAUAGGUGUAAUAACGGUACUAUUAGGAGCUACCUUAGCUCUUGCUCAAAGAGAUAUUAAGAGAAGUUUAGCUUAUUCCACGAUGUCUCAAUUGGGAUACAUUAUGUUAGCUUUGGGUAUAGGUUCUUAUCGAGCCGCUUUAUUCCAUUUGAUCACUCAUGCUUAUUCUAAAGCAUUAUUGUUUUUAGGGUCUGGAUCAAUCAUUCAUUCCAUGGAACCCAUUAUUGGGUAUUCUCCGACUAAGAGUCAGAACAUGGUUCUUAUGGGCGGUUUAACUAAAUAUAUGCCAAUUACAAAAACAACUUUUUUUUUAGGUACACUUUCUCUUUGUGGUAUUCCACCCCUCGCUUGUUUUUGGUCCAAAGACGAAAUUCUUAAUGAUAGUUGGUUGUAUUCACCGAUUUUUGCGAUAAUAGCUUUCUACACAGCAGGAUUAACUGCAUUUUAUAUGUUUCGUAUGUAUUUACUUACUUUCGAAGGGCAUUUACGUAGUCAUUUUCAAAAUUACAGCGGACACACAAAUAGUUCCUUCUAUUCAAUAUCCAUAUGGGGGCAAGAAGGUUCCAAACCUGUUAGCAGCAAUUUGCUUUUAACAACAAGGAAUAAUAAUGACAAGUCCUCCUUUUCCAAUUGCUCGUUUUCUAAUACAUAUAAAAUUGCCGGUUAUGUAAGAACCAUGCGAUCAUCUUUUAGUACUCAUUUUUUCAAAAAAGACUCUCAUACUUUACUAUAUCCGCAUGAAUCGGACAAUACCAUGUUAUUUCCCCUGCUUAUAUUGGCCAUAUUUACUUUGUUCGUUGGAUGCAUAGGAAUUAAUUUCGGGCACGAAGUAAUGGAGGUUGACAUAUUAUCAAAAUGGUUAACCCCAUCGAUGAAACUUUUCCAUCAGAAUUCAACUGAUGAAGAUUGGUAUAAAUUUUUGACGAAUGCAUUUUAUUCAGUUAGUAUAGCCUACUUCGGAAUAUUUAUAGCAUCUGUUCUAUAUGGGUCUGUCUAUUCAGAUCGACAAAAUUUGUACUUAAUCAAUUCAUUUGCUAAAAUAGAUUCUAAAAUGAGAAUUCGUUUAGAACAAAUAAUAAAUGUCAUAUACAACUGGUCAUACAAUCGCGGCUACAUAGACGUUUAUUACGAAAAAGUAUUCAUUAGGGGUGUACGAGGAUUAGCUCAACUAACUCAUUCUUUUGAUCGACGAGUCAUUGAUGGAGUUACUAAUGGGAUUGGCGUUGCAAGUUUCUUUCUAGGAGAAGGUAUUAAAUAUAUAGGGGGGGGUCGAAUUUCCUCUUAUCUAUUCUUAUAUUUAGCUUGUGUAUCAAUAGUCCUACUAAUUUACUAUUACUAUUUUUUCUAA